AUGGCGUGGAUUAGUUGGUUAUUGGUUUGUAAACCAAAAUAUAAAGGAAGACUAGGCAUCAAACAUUGCGAGAGAUUUAAUCUUUCACUCUUAAGAAAAUGGAAGUGGCACAUUCUCGACAAACCGAAAGUUAUUUGGCCUACAUUAUUAUCAAUGAGAUGUGGGGAUAUUAAGGUGAAAGUUAUUGAUGAAAAUAAGCAGUCGUUAAGCAAAGAAGAUUCACUAUGGUGGAGAGAUUUAUCACUAGUUGGCUUCAUGCGGGGAAAAGUUUGCAGUUGGUUUUCCUACAACAUUUCAUGUAAAUUAGGUAAUAGGAGGUCUGUUGAAUUUUGGAACAAUAAAUGGUUGGGUCAUGUUCCUAUUCGCACUUUAUUUCCUCUCAUUUACGUGCAUGCGGAGCAUACAAAACAUAAAGAUGAAGACGUGGUUUUUUGGGAGGAAAAUAAGUGGAUUCGAGAAGUUAAAGUUGUUGAGAACUUGCUGUUACAGGUGGAAGAAAAAUCAUAA